GUCGCUCGGGCCCAGGGCGGGCUGCGGCACAUGAUCGGCGCUUCUCCGCCGCCUGCGCCUUCCUCCUCGUUCACUCGCAGUCCAGUGCGCGGUCCGUAUACACCUGGACAUCGUCGUCUUGCAUACCCUCACGUUCGAGACACACACUCAAGUCCCUCGUCCCUUCGUAACCAAGCUAAAGAAAAAACAGCAGCAUGUCUCUCGCAGAUCCAGUUGCCUUCAUGAAGGAUUUCCUCGCCGGCGGUAUCUCCGCCGCCGUCUCCAAGACAUGCGUCGCCCCCAUCGAACGUGUAAAACUGCUCCUCCAGGUACAGCACAUCUCCAAACAGAUCCCAGAGGACCAGCGUUACAAGGGUAUGGUUGAUUGCUUUGUCCGUAUCCCCAAAGAACAAGGUGUAUUGGCAUACUGGCGUGGUAACACUGCUAACGUAAUCAGAUAUUUCCCCACUCAGGCCUUGAACUUCGCCUUCAAAGACAAAUACAAGCAGGUCUUCUUGAGCGGAGUUGACAAAAAGACACAGUUCUGGAGGUACUUUGUUGGUAACUUGGCUUCUGGUGGUGCUGCCGGUGCUACAUCCCUAUGUUUCGUAUACCCCCUUGAUUUCGCCAGAACCAGAUUGGCCGCCGAUGUCGGCAAAGGCGCAGGCGAGCGUGAAUUCUCCGGUUUGGGUAACUGUCUGGUGAAAAUCUUCAAAUCUGACGGUUUGGGAGGUCUCUACAAGGGAUUCUUCGUCUCCGUCCAGGGUAUCAUCAUCUACAGAGCCGCCUUCUUCGGUUUCUACGACACCGCUAAGGGUAUCUUGCCCGACCCCAAGAACACUCCUCUCCUUAUUUCAUGGGCUAUUGCACAGACUGUCACCACCGUAGCCGGUAUCAUUUCCUACCCCUUCGACACGGUGCGCAGGCGCAUGAUGAUGCAGUCCGGCCGCGCCAAGAGCGAGAUCAUCUACAAGAGCACCGCCCACUGCUGGGUCACGAUCGCCAAGCAGGAGGGCACCGGCGCCUUCUUCAAGGGCGCCUUCUCCAACGUGCUCAGAGGCACCGGCGGCGCCAUCGUGCUGGUCCUCUACGACGAAAUCAAAAACCUCAUCGUCUAAGCCACGCUGUAUCGCGCGCGUCACGCUACGUUACGUUCUUUUCUAACACUCCAUCAUCAGUUGAGUCGCGGCGGAAGGGUCGUUCAGUGAACGCGCCCCUUCGUCGCUUAGCUAAACAAAUAUAUUUUCACUCCGUAGGCGCUCGGGUGCGUCCCCUAACCCAACGUGACACGCGAGGGUAUUUUUUGAAACUAAAAUCCACACACGUGCUGCCCAUUUUCAGAAAACACUUUCGCUGGACGUGAAGGGGGACGCAGCCGAGGAUUCAAGGGCUGUAAAUAAAUUUAGAUGUAAUAAAUCUAUUUAUUUUUAAAUUCCCGAUUAAAUAGUUUAAUGAGUAACCAGUAAAUUAACGCGGAAAAUAAUCGAAACUUGUGUAAGAGAGGAUGAAGGCGCAAAAUGCAAGUAGGUUAAUUAUUAUCGUUUAAAAUCGGCCGUUUUCGUAUGGAAAAUGGUCUCCAGAACUGCUCCCGUAGGUUUAUGAAGUACUGUCGUCACAGAUGGACCGAGUACCGGCAACAAUAAGUAACGAGGGACAUCAAAAGUUACAAUCUGUUGAUUAUUAUAUUGUUUUAUUAUUUAUCACCGCUAAUAGGUGGUAAAGAAUAAAAGAUAAUUACAAAAA